ACGCUCUCCUUUGACUGUGGUUAUACGAUACAUUUACUCAUAUUUAGCUGGAAAACCCCUUCGGAUCAUCUGAUAAUACCCAAGACAAGAAAGAGGGCGUGGGCGACGAGAGAAAACACAGCAGAGAGUGGUGAUAUGGCAUACGCCUUCCUCUGUAAAUCUCCCUACGUCAUAAGUACAGUACUUACUAAAAGCUUCACGCCUUUAACGCCUCUUGCUAUUUCCCCUACUUUUCUCAUCGAUAAGUGCUUUCUUCACGUCUACUGCAAACACGUAAAUUGAAGGACUCUCAUAAAAAAUCCUGCCUUCUACCUUCACUACUUUCUAUAUAGACCAUGGGAGAUGUAAUAGAUCUAUCUGGAGAUGGAGGUGUGGUGAAACAAGUUCUGAGGUCAGGAAAGCCGGGUUCUUUGCAACCAUCUGAUGAUCUUCCCUAUGUGGAUGUGCAAUAUGAGGGCACUCUUGCAGAUACUGGUGACAUAUUUGAUACUACCCGGGAAGAUAAUACUGUUUUCUCAUUUGAAGUGGGAAAAGGCACAGUAAUCAAGGCUUGGGAGAUAGCUGUGAAAUCCAUGAAGGUUGGUGAGAUCGCAAAAAUUACUUGCAAGCCUGAAUUUGCUUAUGGAAAAGCUGGCAGUCCUCCCGAUAUACCAGAAGAUGCAACGCUUAUUUUUGAAAUUGAAUUGAUAGCAUGCAAACCACGGAAAGGUUCAACACUGGGCAGUGUCUCAGAUGAGAAAGCAAGGCUAGAGGAGCUGAAAAAACAGAGGGAAAUUACUGCAGCUAAUAAAGAAGAAGAAAAAAAACGCAGGGAAGAAGCCAAAGCAGCAGCAGCAGCUCGUGUACAAGCAAAAUUGGAUGCAAAGAAAGGGCAGGGUAAAGGGAAAGGGAAAAGCAAAGGGAAAUGAUAGACUCACUGUAAAACCCGAGUCAUUAAUUUUAUUGCAAGUGCACAGAGAUGAUUUCAUAGUAUUAUGCGACAUCAUAUAAGUUUGUUUAUUUCAUUGGAUAUUUAGGACAAGAGAUGUGGACCGAAUCCUAACAUACUCACAUUUAUUUGUCUUUUCAAUGGAAGCAAAUACUUUUGGGGUACAAACUAACUAGUCGUGUUGCUUUCCCUUUUGGGCACAAAGGGAAGCAGCUAUGAUGGUUAUUUGGUGCAACAUAGUUUGUUCAAUGGAAGAAUUAGAAUGAUAAUCUGUGGUGUAACACAGCUAUUGGUUAGUUA